AUGGACGUUCCUCUCGCAGAAGAGCUCGAGUGGCUGGAGAGUGCGUUCCUGCAAGAGGAGUCUGUGGAGGAAUUCGAGGAGGAGCUUCCGGUGGCUUCCGGUGCUGGCACUGUAGAUGAUUGCCUCAACCCUCCAUUUCAGUCCCAAGUGAGCAGCCGGAAGCGGCCAUCGAGUCUGGAGUCGAAGGCUGCUCCGGAGAUUUCGUCCGAGGAUAAGAGGCGGAAAAGGAGUGCUGCCAAAGAUGAUGAAGAAGAAGAGGACAUGAUCCGUUGUUCGCCCUCGAAGGAUCAGUCUGCCUUUAUCUCUCCGACUCAUGUGGACGCGGCCGCUGAUUUCGCCCCCCUCGAUGAAUUGUCACCCGCAGUCGCCGAGGAGAGGUUCCUUUCGAGGUUUGCAUCGGAGAUCGAUGGCGACUGUAUCCCGGUGACUGGGCCCUGUGGGGAGAGGGUGUAUGCUAAGAUGAGCGCUGGGGCGAUGGACUAUAUGCCGAAGAAACUGGGGAUAGAACGAUCCGGUUGGUUGAGUUUAGCAUUUUUUCCUUCUCUUGAAACAGUUCUUGCGAGUGUCGCGUUUUUCGUGUCUCUGGCCUAAGAUUCUCCGUGCUUCUUUUUUCGAUUAAAUCGAUUUCUGAAUGAAGAAAAAAAGAUAUCAUGACCAAAGAGUGAUUUUCAGGUCGUCACUGGACUGUGGUUCUUCUAUAUUCUUCCCGAAUUCUCGGGCAUUGUUAAUUGAAAUCUAGGUCAAUAACAAACUGGAUCAAGUUCAUUAAGUAAAUUCAUUGCUAACUAUUAUCCUCACAUCAGAUUGAGAAACCAUCUCUAAUUCGUGGGGUUUUUUACAUGGAGACUCAAUAAGUACUUUAUUUCCUCAUAGAAGUUUACCCGUUGUUUUUUUCACGUAACUCGACUAAUUACCCGAAUUUCACUCGGCUGAGUUGAUUUGGUGUGUUGUUCGGAUUAUUCCUUGGUUAGAUAUCAUCAUUAGUUUUAUUCUCAACUUCUGGUGAGUUCCAGUAAAAGUUCCCGAAACUGAUCAAAGGUAGGCCGUUGUAUGUGCGAGUAUUGACUAUCAAAUUAGCCAGAAUGAAACAUUUUUCUAUUUUAGAUCUCCAUAACUGAGCGUUUUCCAUUUGAGAGGAUUUUCAUGACCUACAAUUAUUGGCAAAUGUUGCUCUGAUCCCCUCUCCUUGCCCUUGUUCUCUGGAAACGUAUACAAUGGACACAGAGAACGACACAAUGAAUCAGUUAUGCAGGAGGAACGAAGUUCAUUCAUUUUUUUCUUGUUUCGUGAGUGCUAAAGGGACCAAUAGUUGACCAUAUCUCAUUCUACCAUUGCCAAUGGCAAACCAUGAGCAUUCACUGCAAGUCCAGGUAGGCCAAAACUUUGAAAGAAUUAUGCUUUGAAAUUGACGCCAGCUCCUAAGGUUUCAUAUUGCAGGCCUCUCAUGUGAUUAAAAACAAUAACACUAUAGUAAAUAGCUUCAUAUUCGCUUCUAAAGUUUGAACUCGGCAAAAAAGAGCACAGAGUAAUGAAGAACAGAACCUAUGGGCCCCCAAAAUGGGACGAGUAAUUCCUUUCCUAGUUAAUCAUUCCCAAAGAAUUGCAGGCUUACAACCAGCUCAGAAUUUCUUUAUUUAUUUCUUGCAGGACUCCUUUCUGAGCCUAUCAAUGUUCUAAUGGAAAAAGUGGAACAGGAAGCAUUACUAAAGGUACACAUUUUGUUAUGAAAGUGCAAGUACGGAGAAGUAUAUAUGAAAGUACCAGAACGGCAUUUAUAGUACGUACUAGACAAUAUGGAGCCUCAUAGAGAGAAAUUUCAUAAUUCAUUCAAAUUAAGACCCUUGAACCCAAAUUCAAGAUAGGCAGGUAUCUGUUGAAGAUGUUUUCUUUUCUUUCUAUUCUUUCGCCUUCGUUUCAAUCAAGGGGAGCUACUUGUAAUGAUGAAAAUAGAGAUUGGUCAAAGAGGAUAGGGUUGAGAACAUCAUCAUAUAAGAUAACAUAUUCUCUGAUGACUUAUGUUUUCAUGUAUUACCUAUGUUUUUUCUUAGUAUAUCUUGUACGAAAUUAAAGCUUGUAAUUUUUUCUUGGAGGAAUGGGAUCAAUUUUGUUGGUCACUUUUCGAGUGUAAAUGCAUAUUGUGGCUAAAAGGAUCCGAUGGGAUGUGUAUACUUAUAUUUCCUUGUCAAAGAGGAAGAUUUGGGCCUUGUAACCAUUAGUUGUUGUUAAGUCAUUGCCUAUGGGUCAUCAUAAGUUCAAUGUACUGGUGACAACUGUUGUUUAACGUUACAUUUUUUCUUCAGUGGUAUAAUCGUUCACAAGCUUUACCUCAUCGAUAUCCGUUCUACUAGGUCCUAAUAAGGAUUUAGUAUCUUGCUGUUACCCGCAGCCUAUUUUCUUCCCAAUUGUAACCAAACAUUGUAGCCCAAUUUCGCAGAGAGCGCGGGUUGAACUAGAUGAAAAUAUGCCUAUCACGGUAACAAUUGAGGAGCUCGAUUACUAUCAACAAUUCUUAUGAACUAUCGGAACAAUAUUCUGUUUUAAGCUAGAAAAAAUUGCUGCCUUAAGCUCGUGUGCUGGUUUUACUUUUCAUGGAGGAUAAUUCCAAGGAAUACGUGAUAUGUUGUUAGGCCAAAGUCUUAUCGUUGUUUUCCUACCUUAUGAUAUGAGACUCUGAUGACGAAUGGUAUUUAUUCACGUGACUUUAAAUUUUUUAUCUGUUGAUUUUCGUUGGAAUUUAUUCUUUGAUCAUGCUUGUUUCGUCCAAUCUUUUUUUUGCGCAAAUAGAAACUAAUGGAUUCUUCUGUACUAAUUCAAUGGUGAAGGCUUUACAAGAAAGUGCCGCAUCUUCUGUCGACUCAGUCGAGGUGACAAGUCCAGAUAAUGAACAACUUUGGGUGGAGAAAUACGCUCCCAAGUCAUUUACUGAGCUUCUUAGUGACGAACAGACAAAUCGUGAGGUCUGUUGGGAUCAUGCUAUUUGGCACGUUACGUUUUAUGAACUUUAUUAUGGAAUCCAUAUCUAUUUCUCAUGUUAAACAAUAUUUUUUUCUUCUGUAUAGGUACUUCUUUGGCUGAAACAAUGGGAUUCUUGUGUAUUUGGUUCUCAUAUUCGGGCAACAUCAGAUGAUGUCUUAUCGUCUCUGAGAAGACAUUGUUCCGUGGUUCAGCAUCAUAAGGCCUAUGGUCAUAAGAACGCCUUUGGACAGAAAGCAUCCCUAAAUAAUCAGAUCAUUAAUCAAUCAAAUACUGAGAAUGAUGAAAAUGGUCGCCUGCAAGGUUCCUCUGAAAUGUGGAACAAACUGUCCAAAGCUAAUAAUGGCACUCCAGAGCAGAAGGUUGACUCUGUAACAUGUUUUUUCAUUAGUUUAACUCUCAUGCCAUUACUUUUUCGUUUGAAUUUUUUUAGGUCUAUCCAACUAAUCAAUUAUUUAUUUAUUUAUUAUUUUAUUGGCUUAUUUUGUAAAACAUGGUAAAUCUUUAAUGUGUAUCUGCAAUUACGCCUGUUGUACGGUUUUUCAUCACUCUUGAAGAGAUAGUUGCUUUAAUGUGAUUUUUUGCUUUUCAUUGUACAGAAAAAUAUUGAAAGUGUUGUUUGUGCCAUGCUUAGUGUCUUUUCUAUGUUAUAUUGCUUGGCUAUUCAAAAUGGUUGGUCUCUGUAUGAAAAGGAGUUAAUGCGAUAUAUUGGAUUAAAGUCCAGUUGAAGCCUCAUAGUAUUGUAUUCUAUCACAUGUUGUUCCUUAUUAUAACAAAAUUUUACUUUUAUGUCCUCACAAGAACAAGAUGUCUGCAUUUUUUUAUAUAUCUUGUUGUAAUUGAUUUUGGGAGAUAGCUAUCAUGGCUUUGAUGUUGAGGAACUGAAAUUCAUUCAAUGCAAUAUAGGUUCUUCUUCUUUGUGGACCACCAGGCCUGGGGAAGACAACACUGGCACAUGUGGCUGCAAGACACAGUGGAUAUCGUAUUGUGGAGGUUUUCAGAAAUAUGGACUUCUGUAUCUUUUUUUUUCUGCUUGGACGGCUAUUUAGUGUGCUUUAUAUAAAUGCUAUUCUAAGCGACGGUUUUUAUUAGUUGGUGAAGUGAAGAACAGAGAAUCAGAUGUCGAACGAAAUACUUUUUGAUCUUUUACCUGGUUGCCGAAAUAAGGUAACCAGGAUUUGUGAUUUCAGCAAAUGUCCCUAAGGCAAAGCAAUGAUGCUUCAUAAAAUUGUGAUGUCUCAAUCUUCUUAGUAUUGUUCUUUUACAUGUAAGGUUUCUUGGCCCAAGACUGCUGUCACAGUUUGCACUCUCAUCCUAAUUGAAUAAAGGCUAGUGAUUAGGAAAUAAUCACAUACCGGAAACGUUACACAUCUACUAAGCAGAUAGUUAUGGGGUUUAGGCUGUAGAGGCAACGUAGCCAUGCUUAGAGUGUUCAGUAUUUAUAAUUUUUUCGCUGCAAGAUUCAUGAAAGGUUCUCUGUUGAAUUUGCAAUGGAGGAUUGAAGAAAGGCGAGGCUUUUCUGAGAGAUGUAUAGAAAUAGUCUGUAACCCAUAUAUGGAUGUUCAACACAACAAAUGGUGCAAUAGGGUGAAUUCCUCGAGAAUGUAGAGUGCUGGUACCUUGAAACAGAUUUCCCUAAUAGAGGCUAACCGGUUAACCUUUAAAAUCUUUCGACUCAUCCACGUGGCCUAAUUCUCAUUGUCUUAUACAACUUCUAUCUUCUUAAAUUCUAGAAUGGCACCAGAAAGAGAGAAGAAUGACGCGAUUAUAAUGGGAAACUCAAUGCUUUUCGCACAUCCUCAUUCAUUAAUGUAUCUCUUUGGGGUUUGUGUUAAGAAAAACUGGUCUUGGAGAUCUUUUAACUGGUUUGCGGUACAGUAUUCCAAACUGUAGAUUCGGCCUCAAUGUUGUUUGAGUUCCCUAGCCUGCUGUUACACUUGGAAGGAUCCUAUCACAACCUGCAAUCACCUUUCUGCAUAUUGUGCAGACUUACAAGUUUUACAUUGAAUGCUGUUACGUGUAUAUUACUGGGUAAAAGCCCAUUUUGCCAAUGCCCGUGAUCUCAAGUUGUGAUUACAAUUGAACCUGUAAAGCAUCUUCGGUUGAGAACGAUAGAGAGCUAUGAUGUUUUGGAUAAUGCAUUGAUUGGACUUCAUUCCGGUCUCUAUUUUUUAUGUCUUGUGAACUAUUGCAGAUAAAUGCUAGUGAUGAUCGUUCAUCUUCGACAAUCGAGUCAAAAAUCAUAGAUGUCUUGCAGAUGAACUCUGUCACGGCUGAUACCAGACCUAAAUGUUUGGUAAGUUCAUUUUCUUUAUUUCUAUGCUGGUUGUAGGUGUAAGUAAAUUGUGGAUAUCUUACAGGUUAUUGAUGAAAUUGAUGGAUCACUUGGUGAGGGAAAAGGAGCUGUGGAUGUUAUCCUAAAAAUGGUACACUGCCUUUAUCAUUCUUCAUUGAUGGCGGGAAACAUUUCAUUACAAUACUUCCUUUUUGUGAACCGCAUUUAAGAUCAAUAAAAAAGGUUUAGGCAUGGUUUAGCAGACAAAUUUUAUUUUUCUCAAUUUUUUGCAUCGAUGUUGAUAUUAUCCGUGUACUUUUAAUUUAGUUUUAACGUGAUUUAUUAACUUAACUCCCCUUUUACUUCUGGAAAACGUGCCUUAUUUAUUAACUGAGCCAUUAUCUUCUGUUUUAAUGCUGUUUGAAUUUCAUGGCGCUACAAGUACGUACUUCAUGAUUUAAAUCAUUUUCAUUUUUAAAAAAAAUGAAAUUGAUCGUUUGAAUGCUAGCUCAUAUCAAGAAAAAUUGGUAUUGGUUUUGAUUUCUAGUUUCUAUUAUUUCUGAAAAAUCGUUUGUGUGCCUGGCAUUUUAUUAAAUCACCAUUUUAAGCAAACAUAAGGUCCACUGGAUGACAAUAUACUAACUUGAGGAUUGUUCACGUGCUUGCAUGCCUGCAUGCUUGUGUAUACGCAUGUGCGUAAGCGCACCUCACCUAACAUAUUUUAUUUUGAAGGGGAAUAAUAUCUACAUUUUGAUGUUAGUUGAGGGUUUUUUUCUGUUUGGUGUGCGUUGAAGGUUUAUAUUGGUUGCCCUUUAGAAGCUGCACACUUGAUGUGCAGUCUCCCUCGAAUGUAAUCCUCACAACAUCUGCAUCAUUUCAGUCUCAGAUGCUAUUUGCGUGUCUACGUAGAUACUGUGAACUGUCUUUUGUGUAUGUUGAACCAUUUAUUGCUGUGGAUGUCUCAUUUAUGCAGGCAACUGCUGAAAAGAAACAUGUUGGCAGUAAGGAUUCCUCGUCUGAUGUGGCAACAGGAAAAAUUACUUCGAAGAGAAGACAGACUGCAACACUGUCACGACCUGUAAGAAUGAGACUUGGGAGUUUACGUCAUCCGCUUUGGUUCUGUUUUAUUUGUUCUAAACGAUAAAUCCUAUUCAAUGAAGGUAAUUUGCAUAUGCAACGACCUAUAUGCACCCGCUUUAAGGCCACUUCGUCAAAUAUCAAAGUAAGUCAUUUUUACUAUUUCCGUUUCUUUUGGAAAACGAGAAACAUGGUCGUGGCUGCUAUAUGAUUUGAAUGAACUCUGGGUACAUGUCACGUUGGAAUUGUGACUCUAUUCGAUUCACUGAUUUGGAUUUAAAGUUCAAAUCGAUGGGGAGUAUAUUGCGAUCUGAGUCUUCUUUCUUUGUUGAGAUUUCAGAACCUUUGUAAGAGAAGCACUUUCUUAUAGACAAGUAUUUCCAUUCUAACGCGUCUGUGUAAGUUGUGUUCCAUCAUCUUGACAUAUCUUAUUCGUUCUCUUUAUAGGGUUCAUAUGUUCGUUCAGCCAGCAGUAAGCCGUGUCGUGAACAGGUCACGCAACUAAAGUUUAUGACAUUUCUGCCAAAAAUAUUUUACCUUAGGGAGUUUCCUUGAUGUUCUAUGUUAGCUUCGUUAGACUGCGCUCUCUUUUAAGUUGUUAUCGCUACAUUAUGUUUCUUUCAUUCCAUCUUAUCUUCUAAUUUUUUUAAUUUUUUUGUGAUAGGCUGAAAUAUAUUUGCAAAAAAGAAGGAUUUAAGACAAGUUCUAUGGCUCUUACUACACUGGCAGAGUACACUGGUAUCUCUUUUCUCCAGUGUACCGGGAAAUUACCUCUAGAAAGCAGAGAAAUUAUAAUAGAACCUUGGAAAAUUAACGUCAACUCUUGCUUCCGCUAACUUCUUGUGCAAAUUCGCUGAUGCUACUAUUAUAUUUAUUAUUCAGGUCAAGUUUUGUUUCUCGGUGAAAUAUCAGGGAAUAGCUGAAGCAGUCUAAUGGGCACUUUACGUGUCAAACUUUCCAUCAUUACGAUAACAUGGAUCCUUGGUUCACUCACUUGAAUUAUAGGAGGGCAGAUUUGAAAGGAUGAGGAAACGCUCCUAAUAGUCCGUUUAUGUAUACAUCGUGCUAUUUUCUUACCGGGAAAGAUUGUGAACUGAUAAAGAGAGUGUUCCAGGUUUAAAUACACAUCUAAGAGAAAACAGAGGCAGCUGAAAUCAAGAUUGAAUGAUCAAAAGAGAUUUCUAGAAGGAAAAUGCUUAAGAAAGAGGAACUUAUGAGUUUAUACAUAUUCGAUAUUUUUUUUCCUGUGAUAUACAAUUUACAUGUCUAAUACUUUUUUUGUAAAAACGAGCAGGCAUAGCUGCAUGUCAGUAGUCAUUGAAUUGGUUUUCUGAAAUUCUUAAAUCCCUUCAUGAGAACUGUCUGUUCAUCUCAUACUGGGAUCUAAUGUCCUUUUUUCUAUCAACAGAAUGUGAUAUCCGUUCUUGCCUAAAUACGCUACAAUUUCUGAACAAGAAGAAGGAAAACCUCAAUAUUGUAAGCUGUUAAUUUGUUUCUCGUUGCUAUAGUUUCUGAAUGGAUUAUUCUGUUUGUAUUAGUAGCAUUUCGUUUUAUUCAGUUGGAGGUUUCUUCUCAAGUGGUUGGGCGUAAGGACGUGUCAAGAAGUGCUUUUGAUGUAUGGAAGGAGGUAAUUUUUUUGUUCUUUUCUGAUUGUGGACAAUACCAUUAAAAAUUUUGAGAUGAAAGAAACAGAUCUGUGGACGAAGGUAAAAUAGAAAUUUAAUAAAUAUUUUUUCUUUCAAAUUUAUUCAUUAUAACAUAUAUAUAUAUAUAUAUAUAUAUGUAUAAAUGUGUGUGUGUGUGUGUUUGUCAUAGGAUGACAUGGUAAACAUAUUCCUGUCCGACGCUAGAUGACGUUUUUAUUUUUGGUUUUGAACAAAGUUCUGUCUGUUCAGGUUUUUCAGAAGAAAAAGGCAAAACACGAGAGAAAGUCCGUGAAAGGUUUCGGAGUACAUGGGGAUUUUAAGUUGCUAGACUCUUUAAUAUCUAACCGGUAGGAUGGAAAGAUAGUCAGAGGCUUCCUUUUCCUUGGUGGACUAAUGUUCUAAAUAUUUGACACUAGCUUUUACUUUUCAGUGGUGAUUAUGAGCUUACUAUGGAUGGUAUUCAUGAAAACUUUUUGCAACUCUGCUUUCAUGAUCCAAUUAUGCAGAAGACCGUAAGUCUUCAUCCAUCGAUGUCCUAGUUGACUUGUAGUUGUUACCCAAGAAACUGUUAACCUCGUAUUUUGUUUCGUGAAGGUCAGGUGUUUAGAUGUUCUUGGCAUUUCUGACUAUCUUUUUCGCUACAUCAUGCGUGCUCAACAAAUGUCGUUACUAGGUUAUAAUUAUUUUUUUCUCACAAUUCUUUUACAUUUCACGUUAUUAAAUUGGGCGAUUCAUGGCUGACACUGCUGUUUUCCAGUUUAUCAGCCUUCUAUUGCGAUUACAAUCAACCGUUUGAUAGCUCAGGUUGAGAAACCAAAUAUAGAGUGGCCUAGGUUGUUCCACAGGUACUCUCCGAUCGAAACUUAACUCUGGUCAUUUAUUCUUGGGUCAUUGACUUCAACUGCAAGACUCAUUCUGUGGUCUUCAGAUGCCGUGCGAUGCUAAUGGAAAAGAAGGAUCUUCUGACGUCUUGGCACAGCAGAAUUUCACCGUAUAUCUCUAGGCAUCUGUCAAGUGAAGCCUUUGUGGAAGAUGUCGUAUCUCCAUUAUUAUAUAUUCUAUCUCCAAAAGCUCUCAGACCGGUAAUUCUUGGGAUCUCUUUCGUUUUUUGUCAUCAUAUGCCGCCCUUCCUGCGCAUAACCUCGAAGCACAGUUACAUCAAUGGACUCUGGAUAAAUACAACGUCUAUCUAUUGUCAAAUGUAGUUCUUGCCCUAGGUUUAUUUUUUAAUUUUAAUAUUUUCCACGCAUGUUUAAACUGCUCAUUUCCCCUAGGUCAGUUUGUUUGCGCAUGCUACAAUGAUGGUGGAGUAAUGCAAGGGGAUUAGAUGCCCUUGUUCCAUGAGGGGAAGAUUACCUCUCGGUAUAAUUUAUAAAAUAAUAUCUUCUACUUAUCUUCCGAUAACUUUGAUCUAAUUCUUUUUAUGUUUUCUUUCUCAUCUAAUACACCUGCUUAUUAUAAACUGAACUGCUGUUGGAUCAUGUCUUAUACAUCUUACUAGAUGAGUUCUCAAUCCUUCCUUGUCACUCGUCUGAGGUAGACGAUGCAUGAAGCACCAAUUGUGAAGUAUUAGGCUUUACAUUUUAGUGAAUCCUAAAUAUUGAAAAUUUAGUUUGCAAACCAUAGAAAGAUGUCCUGACCAUGGGAAAAUCUGGUGAAAUUAAAUGUGAAAACGGAUCCCUUAAGGGUCUGAUGACUCCGCGCUUUGCAAUGCUCAUGGAAUCAUAGACAAGUGAGCAAUCUCCUACUCUCCAUGGGCCUCCCUUCUUUCCUAAAGAGGUCAUCAGUUGUGCUUUACUAAACUUGGUUUCAACGACGGGACAUGGGCAUCGCAUGCUGUUCCAGAUUCGGUUGACAUUUUUUGUCUUUCCUUCUCCUUGUCAACGGGUUGACUGUUUUUCCUCGUCGAUCACGAAGCUGACGCCGGUUUAAUGAUAUUAUUGCUUAUUUUAGGUAGCGCUACACCUGCUUUCAGAGAACGAGAAGGGAGACCUCUUUCAGCUCGUGGAUACCAUGGUUUCCUACUCCAUAACGUACAAGAAUUCGAAGCCCGAAGCACCUGCCGUGCCCCAGAAGUACGGAUCCUCUUCUGAUGCUCCGGCGUUCUCGUUCGAUCCCCCGAUCGAUGAGCUAGUCAACUUCAAGGUAUUGCCCUGAAAGAAACGAACCACCCUUCUUGCGCGUGCAGUUCGUCUGCUAAUCAGCAUUUCUCUUCCUCCCACUGUUCUCCUAGGGCUAUCAAUCUGGGCACGCCACUCUCUCUUUGGCCAUGAAGCAGAUCGUGGCGCAUGAGGUGAGCCCAGGUCUUGUUAUAGCUAGCUAGUUAGCUCCUCUCGCGUUCUUCUUCCUUCCACCUGUCACAGGAAAUCGAUGGCCAUCCGAGUUGGAGCGGAACGUGCGAAUCCAAUGCAAGAAACCCAUCCAUUUUUUGGACUUUAUUUAUUUAUUUUUAUUGCAGGUGGGGAAGCACAGGAUCCUGAGGGGCUCUGCGGGGGCGUUGGUGGGGGAAGCUGGGGAUGCUGCUGCUCUUCCAAGUAAAUCGUCUUCUCCCGCGGUGCCCGGAGGCGACCAGGGAAGGGGCAAGACUCCCCCGACCCUGGGCCUCAGUAAGACCCCUGCAAAUGGUGCCCCGAAGAAGGCCUACAGAGACUCCAACAGGGCACCCCGCCGGCCUGCGAAUUUCUUUGACAGGUAUAUGUAUAUAUAGAUGAGAAAGAGAGAGAGAGAGAGAGAGAGAGAGAGAGGGAGUUUUCUGACUGUAAUUGCUAAGAUUGGCGUGCCCCGCUUCAGGUUUCGCAAGCCGAGCAAGGAAUCCGAGACCCGGGGCGAUGAGGGGCGGGAACAGGAGGCGGGGAAGAGAGAUUCGCGCCGGCGCCCUGUGCUCUUCAAAUAUAACGAGGUACCUCUUCCUGGUCCCACUUCUUCUUCUACUUCACUACCCGGGUCGACGAAGGCCACCGACCACCCACACCAACGUCGCAGGGUUUCACCAACGCGGUGAAAAGGCCGGUCCGGCUUCGUGAGCUGUUGUAG